UUUUGUCUGAAAAUGCUGGGGUGGUUUGAAAUCAGCGAGAGAAAUAGAGCCUAAAGAUGAAGGCCUGCAGCCUGACAGUGAAGGAGUGCCACUGGACAUCCGAGGAGUGCCAUCUAGUGGAUGCCGACCUGCCUGGAGAUUUACAGAGGGACGGCGAUUGCUUACCGAACAUCUUCAGGUCCAAAAAAGUCAGGUCCCUUGAGAAAAGUGGGACGAGCCCCAGUUAUCAGGUUUACUACACAGCCAGGGAGCUUUUCCUGGAAGCGCUGGACAGUGAAGCCAUCCAGGAGCUGAUGAGGAGACCUGCUGGAGUGAAGGCCGGAGCUCAGCGACUCCCGCCCAGCCUGAGUAAGGAGAGGAGCGCGUGUCUCUCUGACGAGGAGCACAGCGAGGCGCUAACCCUCUUUUCUAUUGUCCUGCAGAGUGGCUUGUCUCCUGGGGACAGCCGCGCCUCUGGCUCCGAGCUGACCCUGAACCUGGACGGACAGCAGGGCGUCCUGAAGAGGAACGGCCUCCAGACCCGCCUCCUGUCCCUCACCAGGCUGAGGGACGAGCAGAAGCUGGAGGCCCUGUCCGCCUUCUGCAAGCACUUAUCCAGGCGCUACCAGACGCUGCACACUCCCGGACCCAAUCUGACCGUGAAGAAGUACAGACUCUCCUACCAGCACAGUCUUUGCUCCCUGCGGCUGGCCCUCCUCUGCGACUCCAGCACUGGCUUCAUCUGUAACAUGCACCUGUACUGUCCAGAGCAGCUGCAGAGGCGGAGCAACAAGCCUGUAGUCGAGCAGGUGGUCAAACGUCUGGUAGAACCUUUCUGCAGCCAAAGGCCGCUCGUUCAGCUGGACACCUCCGCGCGGACUGAGGGAAGACUCAGAACCGUCCUCUCUGGGUCAGAGGUCAACUUUCACUUUGCACCUUCAGGAAAAAUGCCAACUAUCCACCCCUCAUCAUCCUCAUCUCCAUCACACGCGUCAGAGCUCUGCGGCCACAUGCGGGGCUGGAGCGGACCCGCGCUCUUCCCUCUUUCGGACCUAAAAGCACCCGGGGCAGAUUGCUUCAUGCCGGGCUUCUGGGCGGCCCUUCACGUGGUCUGCAUCAACACGUUUGUGCUCCACUCGCUGCAGAACCUUGGCUCGGGGAGGAGCGUUGCGCUGAGCGAGUUCACCAGGGCUCUGGCCUCUCAGCUGGCUGCAGACAGCAGCAUGGCCGUGCCCUUUCUGCCACGACUGAACAGCUCCUCCUACCAGGAAGCAACUCAUCUCCCUAAGAAAAGGUCGAACGCCGACGGCUGCGCCCAGAUGGCGAAGGACGCACAACACAGCUCGGGCUGGAUGCUGCAGAACAAACCAGGAGUGUGUGGGUUAGACAACUCGGGCAACUCGUGCUACUUAAACGCUGUGCUGCAGUGUCUCUGCUCGACCAUGCCCCUGGUGGAGCACCUCCUUAAUCAGGACACGCGCCAAGAGCUGGCAAAGUGCAAGUGCAGGGUGGCGCAGGUGUUUGUCCGGCUGCUGGAGAAGAUGUGGCUGGGGAGCAGCUCCAGCUGUGCCCCCGUGGAAGCCCGGUCCAUGCUGGGCUCCAUCUACCCCCAGUUCGACAACCACACGCAGCAGGACGCGCAGGAGCUGCUGCUCCAUCUUCUCAACGCCCUCCACGAAGACUUGAAAAAGCUGCAUUUCUCAGGACAGCAGCCAGGAGAGAGACCGGGCCUAAGCUCCACAGCUGAGUCCACCAUCGUCUCAGAUCUGUUUGAGGGCCAGCUAAGCUACCUGACCCACUUCCUGCGGUGUGGACACCAGGCGCACAACGCCCAAACCUUCACCGUGUUGUCCCUGCCUAUUCCAAAGGGCAACAAGAAGUGCUCCAUUCAGGAUUGCUUAUCUCUGUUCUUUGAGGAGACGUUCCUGACCGGGGCCGAGCAGAGCGUCUGCUCAGCCUGCGGGCGCAGAAGGGAAGCGGCAGUUCAAACUCGUUUGGACAAACCUCCGGAGAUUCUCGUGUUGCACCUGAAACGGUUUGGCUGUAAGGGGAAGAGUCAGGUCAAGCUGUCGGCUAAUGUUUCGUUCUCCAUGGAGCUCGAUGUCGCACCGUUUCUAUCCAGCUCAGCGAGGGGCGUGUCCUCGUACCACCUGUAUGCUGUCGUGAACCACACGGGUCACCUGGACAUGGGUCACUACACGGCUCUGUGCUACAACUCCCUGCUGGAGACGUGGCACUGCUUUGACGAUGCUCUCGUCAGGGAGGUGCAGGAGAGACUCGUGCAGUCGCCCAACGCCUACGUUCUCUUCUACAGCGACAAGCCGUUCUAGCAGCCGAGGAUCCCAGGACUCUUCAGGCGUCCAUCCUGAAAGAAAAAUAAUGUCUUGCCAAAUAAACGCUGCUUGUUGUCUCAACAGGCUCCUCCACGGCGUGAAGGAAAAUUCAGAGCCAACCGAAGUUAAAGCUUUUCUUACUGAUCGAGUCGACAAAAAAGGCACAAUUUAUUUGAAGCCGUUUUAAUAAAUAGUCAUACAAGUUGGCUCGAGGUUAAUAUAAUCAUUGUUAAGCAAUUUGUAUUUAGAGCAUUAAGAAUUAAAGAAUGAAUGAAAAAAAAAAAGAUAAUUUCAUGCUAGGCCAAAAAACAAAAAAAGUUCACUCAGAAGUAGCUAAACGCUUUGACUACAGAUCUCCGCUCCGUUCAGAAGCAACAACAGUCCCGUUUGCCAUUUCUCCCGUAAAUCAUUUGGUCAGUCAGUCAGUCACAAAACUGAUGCACCCAAGUCUUCAUGUUGUCAGGCUCAGUAGAAGAAAAAAAACAACAAAAAAAAAAACACAACAAAAUAUAAAAUAAGUGAAUAAAAUCAAAAUAGCUAUCCCAGUAAGUCUCCCUCUUCAUAGUGUUUGAAUAUGAUAAGUCUGAAGGUCAACCUAACCUUCCAGAAACAGGUUGAGUGUCAUUGGCUGGAGUGAGAAGACAGACGAGAUCCCAGCAUCAGUGUCGCUUUAAAGCUCUACAUUAACAACUUAAAGCGGUUGCAUAUUUAAUGUGCAAGAAUGUGGUUAAUAUGAACAAGCAACAGCUAGAGUUCCCUCCAAAACAAA